AUGUCUGAAAAUAGAGCCGACGGGGGACCCACGCACCACGGCUCUGGAAAUACUUCCCCACGGAUGCCUCGUCGGGCCUCGUCCUGGCCUUCUCUCGGGAAUUUCACGUCGCACACCAACGGCACACCACCUCCGCCCACGAUGCUGGGAGUAACCACACCCAGCAACAUGACAAAAAACGUGCUUGACGCAAAUGGCGGCGGCUCUCUGCGGUCGGACAGCGAGCUCGACAUGUCCGGCGGCCCGGCGGGGGACGAGGUUUUGGAAAGCGACACAAGGCAGCUCAUAGCCAAUUUUCUGGGGGAGUUCACGGGACUUUCUAAGCCGCGGUGGAAGCGGGACAAGGCUCUGUCGACUAUGAAAAGGGUUGUGGAGGACGUUCUCGACAAACACCGAUACGCAUACAAUGGUAUGAUCCACAAACUUGGGCUGGAUGAUCGAGGGGACGACUUGAGCUUCGUCUCCUCUGUAGCCAAGAGCUUAUUCAGCGACGGGACCAGCAACUGGGGUCGCAUCGCCACUUUAGUGGCCUUCGGGGCAGUUGUGUGUCAGCACCAGAAAGAGAGGGGCAUGGACCACCGCGUUGAGCUGGUGGGCCAAGAGAUCUCUUCAUAUCUCCUCUCUGACCAGCGGGACUGGCUAGUCAAAGCCAACUCAUGGGGUGGCUUCGUCGACUUCUUUCAGGUAGCAGACCCCGAGUCCACGGUGAGGAACACACUCAUGGCCUUUGUGGGAUUAGCUGGUAUUGGGGCAGCUCUCACCCUGUUGAGCAGGUGA